CGGCGGGCGCCGAGGGGCCCAAUGGGAGUCGCGGCCGGCCGCCCCGCCCCGCGCCGCCGGACGUCGGUGCGGGGACAUGGCCGCCGCCGGACUCGGGUCCUUGAGCUGAGCGCCCUCCUCCCACAGCGGACCGUUACCGUCAGCCGUGUGAGCCGGCCGGGCCGCCGCGGCGGAGGAGGCGGCUGCAGCGGGCGGAGCGGCCGGCCACAUGGCGUCCAUCUUACUGAGGAGCUGCCGCGCCCGGGGGCCCGCCCGGCUCCCGCGGCCCCGCGCCGCCGCCCCGAGGGGAACAUCCCAUCUGGCUGUUGUGCCCGCAUCCACCCUGGGUACCUUUCUUUCAAAGGUGACACCCUCCUUGGCUCAUGGACUCCAAGGACUGAUCACCUGUGGCCAGUGGCCAGGGCACCAUGUGUUCCUGCUUUGACGGGGAGUGCUGCCACAGGGCUACAGCUUCUUCCCGUGCGUGGCUGGCACUCUUCCUCUCCGCGAGGUGAUGACUCGGUGGUGGAGAAGUCCCUCAAGUCCUUGAAGGACAAGAACAAGAAGCUGGAGGAGGGGGGCCCUGUGUACAGCCCCCCUGCUGAGGUGGCUGUGAAGAAGUCGUUGGGGCAGAAGGUUCUGGACGAGCUGAAGCACUACUACCAUGGCUUCCGCUUGCUCUGGAUUGACACCAAGAUCGCUGCGCGCAUGCUCUGGCGCAUCCUCAAUGGCCACACCUUGAGCCGCCGUGAGCGCAGGCAGUUCCUCCGGAUCUGUGCUGACCUCUUCCGGCUGGUGCCUUUCCUGGUAUUCGUGGUAGUGCCCUUCAUGGAGUUCCUUCUGCCAGUGGCCGUGAAGCUCUUCCCCAACAUGUUGCCAUCCACUUUUGAGACUCAGUCCAUCAAGGAGGAGCGGUUGAAGAAGGAACUGCGAGUCAAGCUGGAGCUGGCCAAGUUUCUUCAGGACACCAUCGAGGAGAUGGCCUUGAAGAACAAGGCAGCUAAAGGGAAUGCCACCAAAGACUUUUCCAUGUUUUUCCAGAAGAUCCGAGAGACCGGUGAGAGGCCCAGCAAUGAGGAGAUCAUGCGUUUUUCCAAACUGUUCGAGGAUGAGCUGACCCUGGACAAUCUGACUCGGCCACAGCUGGUGGCUCUGUGCAAGCUACUGGAGCUGCAGUCCAUCGGCACCAACAACUUCCUGCGCUUCCAACUCACCAUGCGGCUGCGUUCCAUCAAGGCCGAUGACAAGCUCAUUGACGAGGAAGGCGUGGGCAGCCUGAAUGUCAAGGAGCUGCAAGCAGCGUGUCGGGCUCGAGGCAUGCGUGCCCUUGGCGUCACGGAAGAUCGGCUGAGGGACCAGCUAAAGCAGUGGCUGGAGCUUCACCUGCACCAGGAGAUCCCGUCCUCGCUGCUCAUCCUCUCCCGGGCCAUGUACCUCCCAGACACACUCUCCCCUGCCGACCAGCUCAAGUCCACACUGCAGACCCUCCCGGAGACAGUGACGAAGGAGGCCCAGAUGAAAGUGGCUGAGGUGGAAGGCGAGCAGGUGGACAAUAAGGCCAAGCUUGAGGCCACACUGAAGGAGGAGGCGGCCAUCCGGCAGGAGCAUCGGGAGAAGGAGCUGGAGCGGCGUUCGGAGGGGGCGGAAGCAGAGCCUGAAGUACUGGCAGAAAUCGCCCCUGGGAGGCCAGUGGCCAGUGUGCAGCCACAGGUGGCCAGUGUGACCCCUUCAUCUGAGGUCCUGAAAGACACAGCCCCUGUCCUGGAAGGCCUGAAGGGAGAGGAAAUAACCAAGGAGGAGAUCGAUGUCCUUAGUGACGCCUGCUCGAAACUCAAGGAGCAGAAGCAGCCUCUGACCAAGGAGAAGGAGGAGCUGGAACUGCUGAAGGAGGACGUGCAGGACUACAGCGAGGACUUACAAGAGAUCAAGAAGGAACUUUCAAAGACGGGAGAGGAAAUGUACGUGGAAGAGUCUAAAGCCAGCAAGAGGCUGACGAGACGGGUGCAACAGAUGAUCGGGCAGAUGGACAGCCUGCUCUCACAGCUCGAGGCAGACCAGAAGGCCGGCAAGCUCGGUCCUGCCACCGAGGGUGCCCCAUCUGGGGAGACCAUCGUCAGUGUCACCGAGCUCAUCAGUGCCAUGAAGCAGAUUAAGGACAUUCCAGAACACAAACUCCUCAGUUUGGCCACAGCACUGGACGAGAAUAAGGACGGCAAGAUUGACAUUAAUGACCUGGUCAAGGUGAUAGAGCUGGUGGACAAAGAAGAUGUUCACAUCUCCACCAGCCAGAUGGCUGAGAUUGUGGCCAUGCUGGAGAAGGAGGAGAAAGUGGAGGAAAAGGAGAAAGCCAAGGGCAAGGCUGGGAAGGAGGCUGCAGAGGCCAAGAAUUAAGUGCUGUCAUGUCUGCCUGCUCCCGCCACACGAUCCUGCCAACAUAGUGAUUUUUAGAGGUGAUUCUUAGUGACAGAUCUAAUAUUUUGUCUGGAAUAAAUUGGAAGCUUCCAUGAUCAAGUAAAUUUUUAAUUAUCAUUCCAUGAAGAUUCAGUGUGGACCCCCGUGUCCCCCAGGGAGUCAUGGGCUGUGGUGGCCCCACUGUGGUGACCAACAGGGAACAGGGGCCUGGCACUGGCCUUUUGGUGUAGAGGCAGCUGCAGGCCAGACUGGGGCCUCAAAUGUCUGAUACGCUCUUGGCAUGGCAUGCCCAUGACACAUGCCUAUGGGAGCAGAUCCCAACAGCCUCUGCUUCUGAGAGACCCUUCGGAACUGGGCCUUGGCCCCUUAGCCCCCAUCAGGUGGUCCCCUGGGCCCAUUUCCAAAGUCAGGGCAACAUCCUUCAUCUGUUCUGGCCUUUGGGAAAUGUCUUCUCCCCAGUGGCUGCCUAUCACAGGUCUUCUCCGCCCCCCCCCCAUCAUUGCAGAAGCCAGGCUGUUCACUCUCGGGGUGGCGGGGUGCAGCGGGGGUCCUCAGCACAGGGCACUCCUACAGCAGCCAAGGUAGCUCCUUUGGGAGGAGGGUAUGACCUUAGGCCCAGCUGCCCCACACCUGGGGUUCAGCCUUCUUGACACCUGGCAACUCAGCCUCAGGGGCUACUCUCCCGAAAACUCACUGCCGCUGCUCAGAUCUGCCUGUGCUUCAACAUCCUUGUGUGGGAUUCAUACCUCAGAGCUGGAAGACCAGUGCCAGACUCACCAGGAUGAGGCAUGAACCGACAGGAAAGAACGCCUUCACCCACAGCUCUUCGCUCCACUCUAAGAAAGGUCACAGUGGGAAACACAUUUGCAAUCUGGCGGGCUGGAGUGUUGUCCCGCUCUGUGGAAGGCUUGGCCCACCAUUCUGUCCUCCACGCUGCUCAGCACCAGGACUGCCCACGGCUGGGGGCGAGGGCCUCCAGCCUUUCACACUGUGCUCUUCUCACCUUACUGAACUUUUAUUUACUGCAGCUGCAAUGAGCAUCGCAAAUGCAGGCUGGAGGCCAGAGCUUCCUGUGAUUGGGCAUCGGUUUAAGCAGCUACCCCGAGCCUCAGGCACCUCCUUUGUGCAGCCUUGGGCUCUUUGGCCCGGUCUGGUUUUCAGAAGAAGCCUUGUAUCUGAACCUGAAAGGGAGCCGGGAGUCCUCCCUUGCAGCCCUGCUCCACAAAUGGCACCUUUGCCUCCGGGCUCCCCAGACUCUCAGAGCCAAGAGCCCCACAUCAGACCUUGGUCUUCGCAGCUGGGCGUGUUGACCCCCUGUGCAGUGACCGGGCCAUGUGUCAACUCCUUUGUACUAAAAUGUAAAACAAAUUGUUCUUGUUCCAGCUCCAUCUAUUGUGUGUGACCUCUCUGCCAUGUCCCGGGACUGGCACUCCAGUCUUUGUGAGGAAAGGGGUAAUAAAGCCCGUGUGGAUCC